AGCAAAUUAAACAUUGUUUGGCGAUAGUUUAACAAACCAACACAUCGCUACUCCGUGUUUCUGUCAGUUGGCUGUCUGUCCGUCAGAAAACAAAGUGCACACAGAGCUCUGUUUCUGUUUUUGUUUCGUCUGAAUACUUAAAAGUUGACUUGGAUGCUGCUGUGACGGUUGACGUUGACUCCAGACUAAACGGGUUCAUUGCGCUUUACUAACUCCGUUAGAAGAGCUAGUUGAUGUGAGGGCUGAACGGCAGACCAAUCCUUGGCAGAAACAUCAAAUAAAUGAGAGGAAGAAGAGGCCAGUCACCAGCUCCAGCUCAGUACAACUCACCAGUCACUCAGCCACAAGUCAAGAUGACUCCCAGGAAGCAAAUGACCAAGGAGGCCGAUGCCUCCUUGUCUGGAAAGCAGCAGAGCAAAGAGGAGAUGCAGGAGGAUGAAGUUGGAGAUGACACUGAAAACAAGGAAGAGCUCCCAUCAACCAGAGAAAAACGCAGGAGAGGGAGAGAAAAGAAAUCAGCUGUAAAAGAGAUGACGGAGGAGGAGAUGAUGGAUUUGGCCCUGCGUCUGAGCGAGCAGGAAGCCAGCGCCUCUGCGCUCAGACUGCAGCAAGAGCAGGAUGCCAUGAAGAAAGCCAUAGAAGAAAGUAUGGCCAACCAGACGCAGCCGUGCCCAGACUCCCAGAGUCAAAGCCUCCUCACCGACAUCGACACCUUGCCCACGCCCCUGUCCCGACGAAGGCUCCUCUAUCCAAACGCAAAGGGGGCAUCCUCUGGCCACCAGGGCACAUCGGAGGCCACCGGUGCUUUGGAGGCAGACCUGAGCCAAGACCUGAAGAAAAGAGGGGAUGAAAACAAUAAUCGGAGUAAAAAGCGGAAAAGGAAAGAUGGAAGUCCUUUGCUAGAGAUGCCAGACUUGUCACAGACCCAAAAAAUCUACUCUCAGACUUCUCCCUUCAGCUCUCAGUCUGUCUCAGUGCCUUUGGACACACAACAGGACUCUGACCUCACCCAGAUCGACCACUGCCAGCAACCUAAAUCUCCCGUCACAUUGUUGUUGCCUCCGCUGGCCUUGAAACCUGAGGUUUGUGUCACCAAGCUGAGCCAGGAGCUGCUGGACACCUGCAACACCUCAGGGUUUGUUUUAUGCUCUCAGGAGACUUCGACCUCGACUCAAAAGUGUCUGCCCUCUCAACCUAAGAGCCCAACAUUUCCAAAAAGCUCCACAUGCUCUAAGAAUCUUGAUUUGUCCAAAAGCACAACAUUCCUUAAAAGUCCUUUUUUCUCAGAGACUGACCAAGAAGAGGAUGGAGAGGUGGCGCACAGUCCAGAAUAUUCUAAAAGCCCAGUAUUUGGCAGGACUAAUGAAAAUCAGGGCUCCCCGCAAGCCUGCGAACCCAAAGUCCAAGUCUGCAAGCUGAGCCAGGAGCUGCAGACAACCUGUGAAAAGUCAGGGUUAAUUUUAUGCUCUCAGGAGAGUUUGGCCACCUCAGAGAAACCCCUGUCCUGUCAGCCUAAGAGCCCAGUAUUCCCAAGAAGCCCUGGUAUCUCCAAGAACCUCACUCUGUCCAGCAGCCAAACACCACAGCCCAAAAGUCCUGUCUUCUCAGAGAUGGACAAAGUUGACGAUGGAGAAACACAACAGAGUCAUGGCUCUUCUAUUAGCCCAGUAUUUGGCAAGGCAAGUCCAGUAUUUGGCAAAGCUAGCCAACAUCAAAUGGUCUGCCUCAGUCCACAGAGCACCGAGUACAGUGAGUGCAGCAGCAAAGGGAAUUCACCAGCCAAUUCAGGGCCAGACACCAGGAAUCGCCCUCAGUGCCUGAGAAAGGGAAGUGGGAUUGAUCAUGAUCAAGGUGACAAGAUUUGUCAUAUCACUGUGCCAUCCACAUCAGGCCACAAAGAGAAGUCGUAUGAAAUUUCCAAAGACUGUAGUGCAGCUGGGAUGGAGCUGACCAGUGACAUGACCUUACACUGGUCAGACGAGGAUGAAGAUGAAACGCAGUUAGUGGACUCGCCCAGCCCCGUCUUCCCAUCAGAGAAACCUCUUCAUCAGCCACACAACCACAGUGCCUCCCCAAGCCAAGCAGCUGCAGCCUUUGCUGGGACAUCCAGCCCUUCCCGCAGCCUGAGGCAGCAGAGAGGCAAACACACUUUGUUUGCACCCUCUUCCUCUGCCGCAUCGUCUUCUCAGCACCAGCAGCAGCUAGCACAAACCUCCACUGCUGAGCAAGGCUCCGGGCUACUGCAGAGUCAGGGGCUGGUCAGUGGGGGCCCCGUUUCCUCAGUGGGACCUGGAGGUCAGCCAACAGUGCACUACUACUGGGGUGUUCCCUUCUGUCCACGGGGCCUGGACCCAGAUGCAUACACACAGGUGAUCAUGGCUCAGAUGGAAGUGUAUGAGAAGAGUCUGAAACAUGCUCAGAGACGCCUGCUGAGGAAGGCUGAGUGGGGCGAGGCCAUCCUGCCCCAGGCUGAGAAGUCCCCCUCACCUGUGUCCCCGGCUGAAUCACCUCAGCUGCUUGUUCCUCGAAGGCACGGCCUCAGAUUAAGAGACAAAGGACCCAGUGAAGAGCUGUCUGCCCCUCCAGCUGAAGAAGAGGAGGAGGAGGAGAAGAAGGAGGGUGAGGAAGAUGAAGAAAAUGGAGAGAUAGAGAGGAAGAAUAAUGGGGAGGAGGAGCCAGGAGGAGGAGAGGUGGACAUGUCUGACUGUGAAGUUUGUCCAGAGACGCAACUGAGUGAAGAUGACGACAGCACACAGCUGAUUGUGGCCACCAACACUGGAGCAGAGCCUCAACCUAAAAGCCCAAUGCUUCCUGAGAUCGGCUCAGUCCUCCGACAGUGGCUUCCUGACAAGGAGCGGCAGCAGGAGGAGGAGGAGGAAGAGAUGGAAGUGGACACCACAGUGGACAGGAAGACAGAGAGCAACAUCCCUGUUAGCAGCACUAACGGAGGAGAGGAUGUGAGCAUGUUGGAGGAGUGGAGAGAUGCUGAGGCGGAGCAGAUCCAGGACAGAGCGCCACAGAAGUCAGUUUCUCCUGAAGUGGAAGCGACUGCUUCCUGUCAGAGUCCUGAACUGAGCGUGGACUGUCCCAUCUGUCAGGGGUCGUUUCCUGCAGCGGAGAUCGAGAUGCAUGCCGCAUACUGCGACGGGGAGGUGGAGGUGGUGGAGGAGCUGAUGCCCGAGACCGACCGCUUGCAAGCGUCGCUGCGGCCUCGCAGGCAGAGAAGCAGAAGAAGAGAGGCGACAGCUGAAGAGACAGCUGAGUCCUCCAACCUGGGCAGGUCCGCUCCAAAGAGAGAGAAGUGCUACGUCUGUCAGAAAGCCAUUCCCUUAAAAGACUACAGCCGACACACAGAGGACUGCAUCCAGCGCCAGCCCUCCAACACUGCACUGAAAGGAAAGCUGCUGUCAGCGCUGGAGAGAACAGAGAGCAGAGAUUCAGAGGCCGGUCCGUCUGGUUCCACCUUCAGCAGCAGACCAGGAGACGUGAUUGAUCUGCGGUUCCAGGAGGAAGAAGAGGAGUUCAGGAUUAGCAACUCGCCCAUCAGAGCCUUCACUCCCAUCUCAGAAGCCACAGACUGCCUUGUAGACUUUAAAAAACAGCACCGGGCCAGGAAGCCCAGCCAAAGACGCAGAUGAGAGACUCAAACAAUAAUAGUAUUAACUGAUAAUACUGGAAACAGGAGCCUUAACUGAUGACCUUGGAGUUAUUAGGUUGCACCUGACAUUUUGAUCAACAACAACAACAUAUUCAUAUAAAACAGCUUUACGUCGUAUGUUUCCCUUUUCUUUAUAGAAAUCCUGAAUAUCUCAGUAUCUCUAAACUCCUCAGACUGCAGAUGAAACCUUUUAACACCAAGCUCACCAACAGCAGCAACUCCUUUUUUCUACCACUGAGUAAUAUUUUUUCUAUUUUUGUUUUUUUGUUUUUUCGUACUUGUUUAAGUUGUUUAGGACUACCUCCUCACCUGCAGGAACAAGUUUGUCUUCUGUCACUGUUUGGUUGGUUGAAUGUAGGUUUGGCUCUGUGCCAAAUCCUGUGUUUGUCAAAUUAAUUUCUCUGGCAGGUGAAUCUCUAGUGACAACUGAUAUCAUUUUCAUAAUGAUCAGUAAUUACUAAUGGGAUCAUUAUUUUUUUUUCCACAUGGGAAAUCAUCUGUAAUAAACCUGCUGUAAGAUCUUCCAUACACACUAAAAAACACUGUUAGACCUGUACUGCAUUCCCUCUGCAAUGUGUUUCUUGUCACGGGCCAGCAGAUGUCACUCUAUCUCAAGUCACCAACUUGCUUGUCAAGUAUUUCUGAGUUUGGAUCCAGAUCUGAGGUCAGACGUGAAAGGGAAUCUGCAGGAUUUUGAGAACUUUUUAGUUUUCAUUUUUUGUCAUUUAGCAGAUUCUCUUCCUUAUGCUUAGUGUCUUACAGACAGUGUAAACAGAUAUUCUGAGCACCUAACAGUUUGGAGGUCAGGGGUUGGAGCCAACCCUGACGCAGAGAGAGACUGGAAAUUGAAAAAAAGACAGAGGUAGAAGACACAACUAGGUGACCGUCCUGCGUCCUGUCCCACUGGAUAAGAAAAAACACUAAAUAUCUAAACUGCAAAAAGUGACACCCCCAUGUAAGACUUGUAAGUGCUGAUGCUGCCUCUUCUUGUUUCUCAACCAUCGGUUCCUGCUGAAUGUUAACGUCUGUUAGCAAAGCUGAUGCUCAAAAUCACAUCCAGUUGCCUUUUACAGCAUUUGGUCUCCUAUUCUCACUAUUGCAACGUCUGAGAACCCUUUAAUUCACCUAACGCACACUGCCGCUUUGUGCCACUGGAAAUCAGUGGAGCAGAAAUGAACUUGUUUUUGGUCAGUGAUGCUCUUUUUUAAAAAAAUUUUUUUAGAAGCAGCUUUUGAUUAUCAUCACUGUCUUGCAAAAACCUGUUUUUUUGCCAUGCCUUGUUUCCAUGUCAUUAACAGCUGACAUUUCAUUUCAAUUCAUUAAGGAACAUGUUUCAUGACCUUCUGACCAAACAAACCUAUUGGAAAAUGCACUGUGAAAUGUUCAAAUUCAGUGCAGUCAGGUGUGUGCGUGUGUGAGUGUGUGAGUGUGUGUGUGUGUGUGUGUGUGUGUGUGUGUGUGUGUGUGUGUGUGUGUGUGUGUGUGUGUGUGUGUGUGUUUAUCCUCCUCCUCUCCAGUUGUGUUGAUAUAUUGUGCAGUUCACACUGAUGACAUGGGCCUUCACUGUACAGGCACUUUAGAUGUAAGUGAGAGCUGAAUGGAGCUAAAUGCUGCGAUGCACUGAAGUCGUGUGUUGUUCAUUGACACAGGAGAUACAAGCUGAAUGUGUGUGUGUGUGUGUUUAUAUUCAUACAGCUUUGGAGGGAUGCACUGCAUUGCAUUGUAUUCUAAUGUAUUGUUUAUAUAUUACACGUUCACGGUGUGUUUUCUUCGUAUUGAAAGCACACAUUGUAUAAUUACAGCAAUAGAAACAAAUGAA